AUGGCCUCACCUAUCGACAACAAAGCUGGUCUUCAAGAUGAGAACAACAACUUGACACCCAGUACCGAAAGACCACUGGUCAAUGCUGUUGGAGCUCGAAUCGAAGUGUUGAUAGAUAUCAAUUUGCAUGUGGCCAUUGAGAAAGCCGUGGAUCCACAAAAUGAAAGUUGUGCCUUCGACCUUCUCGAGUCUUCGAACUUAAUUGUUGGGAUCGAUUUUACCAAGAGCAAUGAGUGGAGUGGUGCAAGGUCAUUUCAAGGGAAAAGUUUGCAUUACAUCGGGGAUAAUCAGCAAAAUCCAUAUGAACAAGCAAUAUCUAUAAUUGGAAGAGCACUAUCAGAAUUUGAUGAGGAUAACCUGAUUCCUUGUUAUGGAUUUGGUGAUGUCUCGACGAGUGACCAACACGUCUUCAGUUUCUAUCCUGAUGGAAAAUUCUGUAAUGGGUUCGAGCAAGUACUGAGUCGAUAUAGACAAUUAGUUCCUCAAUUACGCCUUUCAGGACCUACAUCGUUCGCUCCUAUUAUUGAAAUGGCAAUCAGUAUUGUGGAGCGAAGUGGUGGCCAGUACCAUGUUUUAUUGAUAAUCGUGGAUGGACAGGUUGGGAAUGGAAACGUUACAAGAGAUGCGCGUGACAGAUUAAACCCUCAAGAGAAGAGAACAAUUGAAGCAAUUGUGAAAGCAAGUAAAUAUGCCUUGUCUAUUGUUGUAGUUGGGGUUGGAGAUGGGCCGUGGGACAUGAUGAGGGAAUUCGAUGACAAUAUACCUGCUCGAGCCUUUGACAAUUUCCAGUUUGUUAAUUUUACGGAUAUCAUGUCAAAAAAUGCAGACAGGUCCAGGAAAGAAGCAGAGUUUGCCUUGGCAGCAUUGAUGGAAAUACCUUCUCAGUACAAGGCAACUCUCGAGCUGAACAUUUUGGGUGCUCGUCGAGGGCUGGAAACUAACACGAUUCCUCUUCCCCCUCCUCCCUGUGGUGCAAUUUAG